AUGGCAGCUCUCACAUCUCUUACCCAGAUCUGGGAUCUGGCCGAUCCCGAAGGCAAAGGCUAUCUGGACAAACAGGGGUUUUACGUAGCUCUGCGGCUGGUGGCCUGUGCUCAGAGUGGUCAGGAAGUCAGUCUGUCCAGCCUCAACCUCACAGUCCCUCCCCCAAAGUUUCCCGAGGAGAAGAGUAAAUUUGAUGGGAUUUUUGAAAGUUUGGCUCCAGUCAAUGGCCUACUGUCAGGAGAGAAGGUCAAACCAGUCCUAAUCAACUCCAAGCUACCUCUGGAUGUCCUUGGGAAGGUUUGGGACCUGAGUGACAUAGACAAAGAUGGCCAUCUAGACAAAGAUGAGUUUGCAGUGGCCAUGCACCUGGUAUACCGGGCCCUGGAGAAGGAGCCUGUUCCUGCACUCCUCCCCUCUGCCCUCGUCCCUCCAUCUAAGAGAAAGAAGAGUCUCGGCUCCGUGUCCGGCUCCGUGCCUGGACUGCCUGCAAGCCCCCCACCACCAAAAGACUCCCUGCGCUCCACCCCUUCCCACGGUAGCAUGAACUCACUCAACAGCACCGGCAGCCUGUCGCCCAAACACACGCUCAAGUCUGGACAGCAUUCUGUGACCUGGGUGGUCCCGAUGUCAGACCGCGGUCGCUAUGAUGACAUCUUCCUGAAGACUGAUGCUGAUCUGGAUGGUUUUGUCAGCGGACACGAAGUUAAGGAGAUCUUCAUGCAGUCUGGACUUUCUCAGAAUGUCCUUGCUCAUAUAUGGGCUCUGGCAGACACAAGGCAGAUAGGUAAGCUGACCAGGGAGCAGUUUGCCCUUGCCAUGCAUCUCAUCCAGCAGAAAGUCAGUAAGGGCAUUGACCCUCCACAGGCCCUGACUGCUGACAUGAUCCCCCCCUCUGAGAGAGGCACUCCUGUACCAAGUAUGUCAGGAUACAUGACCCCCGUGGGAUCAGAGAUGGCUGCUCUCUCUGAGAUGAGACGGGACAGCUCUAGUUCAGUGGGUUCAGGGGAGUUCACUGGCAUCAAGGAGUUGGAUGACAUCAGUCAGGAGAUAGCCCAGUUGCAGAGGGAGAAGUACACUCUAGAACAGGACAUCAGGGAGACAGAGGAGGCCAUCAGACACAAGAGUGCCGAGGUGCAGGAGAUGCAGAAUGACCUGGACAGAGAGACAGCCAGCCUGCAGGAGCUGGAGGCUCAGAAACAAGACGCCCAAGACCGCCUGGAGGAGAUGGACCAGCAGAAACAUAAACUAGAGGACAUGCUGAACGAAGUUCGGAUGAAGUGCCAGGAAGAGUCUCAGAUGAGUCAGAUCCACUCCCAGGAGUCAGACUUGCAGAGCCAAGAGGAAGAGCUGAGCCGGGCAAAGGCUGACCUCGGCCGGCUGCAGCAGGAGGAGAACCAGCUGGAGCAGAGCCUGGCUGCUGGCAAGAUCCAACUGGAGACCAUUAUCAAGUCUCUGAAGGCCACGCAGGAUGAGAUCAACCAGGCUCGGAGUAAGUUGUCCCAGAUUCAGGACAGCCAACAGGAAGUGUCUAAAAGCAUUGAGCAGUACAACAGCACCUUGAAUGGAACCCACGGUGGCAGUAUGACCAACCUGGCUGACAUGAGCGAGGGCUUCAGUGACAGAGAGAAUGGAGGAUUCCCAGCCAUGGUGAGGGCGGCACAGGAGGAUCCAUUCAAAGUGAAGCCAUCCGUGUUCAACAGCCAGCCUCAGGAGCCUCCCACUGACCCCUUCCACUCGGAAGACCCCUUCAAAACAGACCCAUUCAAAGACAUUAUGCAUCUCCUCCUCUCUUAG